AUGGUGAGUCAGUCGCCGGUGAUUAUGCCUCCGCUCGGGUGGGGCCAUCGUCAGCAGCGGUCGAAGCUGGUCACGACGAGGAAGGAGUCGACGAGGUGUAGCCCUACGACGCCGCUAUCAUGGAGUGGUGGAGCAGGUGGCUCCGCUUCUCCUAGCGAUGGCUAUGAUGAAUCAAACUGGCCCUCCGAUCUAUCCUCCGGUGCCAGAUCCAAGGUUUGUCUCGGCUUCUCUCUCUCCUUCUUCAUCUCCGGUGGUAGUGUCAGAUUUCUGACCACCUGA